ACACUAUAUGUAUGCAGAAGCUUCUUAUGGAAAUUACAAUGAAACAACAAGCCUUAGGUUUCCAGUUUCAAAAGAUGCCAAAGGGAGACAACUGAAAUUUGAUUACCACAUGUAUGGGAGUCAUGUUGGUCAACUAUAUGUUGUAUUUAUCACUAGUCAAUCUUCAAAUGAAGAAAUAGUUUGGAUGAUGAAAGGAAAUAAAGGAGAAUACUGGCUCAAAGCAUGUGUACCUAUUAAAAAUGACAUAAGUGAAAUCAUAUUUGUAGCUGUAAAAGGAUAUUCAUACCAAGGAGACAUUGCAAUAGACAAUGUGGUAAUUGAAGAAAAAGGAUGCCCUGGUCCCUUUGAUUGCGACUUUCAAAAUGGAAUCUGCAAAUAUAGCAUUGCCUCUUAUUACGGUUUUGGAUGGUAUAUUCGGCAUGACUAUUCAUACGAAAGUAAUACAAACAAUUACUUAUACAUUUAUUCAAGAACAGAUACUGAAAAUUCAGAAGUUUACAUACGGUCACCUCAAGCAGAUGUGAAGGAAAAUUCUAGUGUCACCUUCAAAUACUUAAUGAGAGGACCUAUGAAAGAAUUUGCACUCUUUACUUAUGACUCUUAUUCAUCGAAGGAAUUGUUGUGGUCUUCAAAUUUCAAUGAUAUUCCUGAAUUCAUUACUGCUUGUGUGGAUUUUCCAAAUUCAACAACAUUCGGGCUGAAUUUUCAGGGUACAGUAAAUGCUAAUUCAUAUUGGGACGGAUAUAUAUACUUGGAUGAAAUUGAAGUCCAUAAUGAAACAUGUAAAUUGGGUCUUACAUACCAUUUUUGCAAAUUCAAAGAAGUACAUCUGUGCAAUUUCCAAGUUAAAUGUCCAGAGAAUACCAGAUAUAACUGGAGCCAAGGAUCUUCUUCAGAUUACCGAGAGAUUCCAUAUCUUCAUCGCUACUCAAAUGACAGACACUAUUACAUGUAUGUUGAUUCUAUAAAUGGCAAACCUGAAGACGUGACACAUCUUUCUUUUCCAAAUGUUGAACCCCCAGCAGGCCAUAGUUUAUUCUUUGAUUAUUAUCUCCAGCAAGGAGCUGGCAAACUUCAGAUUGAGAUUGAAACUGCAAAAGGAAAGGAACUUGUGUUUGAAGAAGUUAGUGUUGCUCCAUCAUUUGCAUGGCUAUCUGGAUGUGUUCAGGUAACAAAUGAAGAUACAGAUAUUGAAUUUAUUGUAACACAUGGGUAUGGAAUGGGUCAAUAUAUUGGUCUCACGAAUGUUGGUUUCUUGGAAGAAGAAUGUCAAGACAGAAAUAUUUCCUGUGGUUUCACAGAAGGCACAUGCCAGUAUAGCAACUUAACUUACUACCCAGCAUGGGAAAGAAUAAAUUCAAGAAAUGAUACUAACCUAACAGAUGGCUUUUAUAUGCAAACUACACUCUCCUACUAUCAUGAAAGCACGUUGGCAUCUCCAACUGAAAAUAUCACCAACAGCUGUGUACAAAUUAGAUAUAAGAUAAUCAACAAAAAUUGCAAGCUGGCCAUCUAUAAUGCCUUUAACAACAACACUAUUUUAAGUAUGGUGAGUGAUGAUACAACUCCAUGGGGAAUAGCUCAAGUGUAUAUUCAGCAAGAGAUUACAAAACUCGUUUUCCAGGCACAAAGUGUAAGCUAUGGAGUGUGUGGAGUUUUACUUGAUUAUGUCUACAUCAGAGAAAAUAAUUGUCCACAAUUAGAUUGUCCAGUUGGAACAAGAAAGUGUAAAAAUAAUUAUUGUUAUAGUGAAUCUAAAGUAUGUGACAGAACCAAUGAUUGUAGUGAUGGUAGUGAUGAAAUGAAUUGCCCUGAUUCAAUUUCAUGUGAUUUCGCAACAAAAUACUACUGUGGUUAUAAAAUUGCAUAUGGAUGGGUACCGGUAUUGGAUAAUGGUACUAGUUUCUUUAAUGUUCCUGGUAGUAUGCAGAUUAUAGGAACAAAGGGGAAAAUGCUGUCACCCAUGGAAACAUUGGCAGAUUCAUGUGUGAAUAUCAAGUUUACUACAGCUUUUGCACUAACUGGGAAUUUCUCAGUUAUUUUACACCAGAAGAACCCUAAUGGAAAUAAUUCACAUCAUCUUGCUUGGAAUGAAUAUUUCUUUAGUCAAAGAGAUGAAACAUAUGAAGGACAAUUCCAGCUUCCAGCAGGGACAAGUUUUCUUACAUUCAUUGCGGAUAUCAAGACCGGGGGAAUGGCAAUUAAUAGUGUCAACAUUUAUAAUGGAACCUGUCCUGAAUUAAGUUAGUAAUUCAUUUCUAUU